CCCUACUGUAUAUUAUAUUACAUUUUUUUCAUCUUGGCGGCAGUUUUCAAGAAUUUAGUAGUGUUCCGCCGCCACCUACAAUAAUUAUAUUUUUCUUUCGGUUUUGUCGAUCCUGACGAACGGUCGUGCAAAUACAUUCGCUGUCUAGCAGGUCUUUUGCAGCCGCGCUGCAUAAUAUUCUGAAACCAGUUCGUCAGUUACGUACUCGCAUCACAAUUCCAUUAACAACAACAACAACAACAUCAACAUAAUCAACAACAACACUACAAACACCAACGGCUAAAGCAAUAAUAUAGCACGUUAUAUAUACGUCAUCUGCGCUUCUGAAUGAUAUAAUAUCCACGGAGACGGAGGUGACUAGUACGGAGGCAAAAUAGGCAUAUUUUGGCCGUCGAGAUUUAUUACUACUUGACGUGACUUUACAAUAUUAUUAUAAAGCCGGGCCGCGAAGACGCAUCACGGACGAGACAGCAAAAUGUUGUACGAUCCGCCGAAGACGACCUUGUACGUUUGCACCGUACUCUUUCUGCACACCGUCGGAGUAAUCAUUUGUACAACAAUUUUACCAGAUACUAACCCUACACCUCCACUAGAAUUUCCAUCAGAUGGACAUGUAAGGAUUAUACAAGCACCGGAACCUUAUAAUUUAACUCAGCCACCAAUGUUUUAUUUUGGAAACAAUGAAACGAUAACGAAUGAACCACCUAACAAUUUUCAAGAAACAAUCGAAAAGCGAUUUAAUGAUGGUGUAUCAAAACCGUCUUCACAACCUAUCAAUGUCAUUGCUAAGAUAUCCGAAAAUUAUACUGAAAAUUAUAUCGAAAAUAAAUAUUACAAUAAUCACAUUGAUAGCUGGACAUCAAUUACAUUAAGUUUAAUUGUACUUACAGUUAUUGCGGUCAUGGUGCUGGCAUGUUCGGCAUUAUGUUUGAAAAAAGUUCAAAACUUGAAGAUAUCAAAACGAGAACUGCUGAUAGAAGAUUGUGAUGAUUCUGUAAUGAAAGAUUUAAUACACAUUCAGCGUGUAUAAAUUAUUUACCAUAAAUAAAGAAAUAUAAUAUAUCAAUAAAUGCAAA